UGGUCUUCUGUUUGAUGUCGAAAACGCUGCCCAUUUUUAUUAUUACAAUUUUAUAUAUAACGUCACUCGUAAUUGCAACUGUAUGUUUUCUAAACUCCAUUUGAACAGCAUUGCCCAAUACCAUAUAUUUGUCACAAUUUCCUCUGCAGAACGCGAACAGGUAAUGAGGGCAAAAUGUCAGAUUCGCUCAAAUGGUUCGCGUUUGUGUCGUACGGCGUCGGACACGUGCUCAACGACCUGGUCGCCUCCAUGUGGUUCACCUACGCCCUGGUGUUCUACCACUAUGUCAUGCAACUGUCCAGCAUCAAUGCCGGGGCCGUGGUACUCGCCGGUCAGCUAACAGACGCGGUUGCAACGGCCGCCAUAGGCGUGUUAUCGGACCGCGCCAACAUCUACUGUACAGAUCGAUACGGCCGCCGCAAGACUUGGCACCUCUUCGGCAGUAUACUGGUGUUCAUAAGUUUGCCUUUCGCGUUCUCACCGCCCAUAUUGCCACAAGCCGAGACCUCCGAACUAAACACCGCUCUAUACUACAGUUUCUUCAUCGUCUUCUUCCAAAUUGGAUGGGCAUCCAUCGAGAACUCGCACAUGGCGUUGGCUUCGGACCUGACGCCAAUACGCGACGAACGAACGGCAUUACUAUCCGUCAGGUAUAGUUUUACUGUCUUUUCAAACAUCUUGGUAUACGUAGUCACCUGGAUCGUGCUCAAAAGUAGCAAUGCGAGCAAAACUCAAUUUGGACCUGCAGAAAGAAAAGAAUUCCAAAUAGUCAUAUUGGUGAUAAUGAUUGUCGGGGCUAUGACGACCAUAAUAUUUCACAUUGGAGUACGUGAACCACUUAUCAACAACCGUGUGAAUCGAGAGCUCCUGAUGACCGAGACGGAGGCUGAACGCGCAGCCAACAGUAUUUUGUCCAUGUUCAAAAGCAUCACCCUUUACCAGACAGCCAUCGUGUACAUGUGUUCUCGGAUCACCGUCAACAUGACUUUGGUGUUCUUGCCGAUGUACUUACAAGACUAUUUAAAUCUGGAAGCCGAAAAACUAGCACUGUUACCCUUGAUUAUGUUCGUUAGCAGUUUUGGUAUGUCGCUCCUCAAUAAACCCAUGAACAUGAAACUCGGCAGAAAGUACACUUAUUCGUUUGGAGUGGUGUUGACUUUGGGUUCAGCGGUGUGGUGUUAUUUUGGCGAAGGUGAUACAUAUGCCAAAUAUCAAGUAUACGUGGUCACUAUAAUAAUAGGUAUUGCUUGUUCGGUGGUGUUGGUCACUAGUCAAGCACUGACCACCGAUUUUAUCGGUGACAGAACGCACAGGGGCGCGUUCACAUUUGGCCUGAUGAGCUUCACCGACAAAGUAUGCAACGGGGCCGUAGUCAUGGCCGUCCAGUCUUUGCAUUGCGAGUCGUGUCCGAAUUACUAUCGCGACGUAAUGGUCCUCAAUUGGACGAUUCCGUCGUUUUUGGCGUUCAUCGCGGUCAUCAGUUUGCCCUACGGCGGACGCCCAAGACUAAGUGUAGCUGAAGGCCCGGAAACGACUUCCAGUGGCAAUCAACAGGCGGACCAAUCGAAAAAGCGUCCGAUCGAAAAGGGACAAGAGGCCUUACCCAGCUACGCAGUAAAUUCAUGACGGAGUAAUUUAUCUAGUCAUAAUCGAUAACAUAUUUUAAAAUAAAACAUAAAUUUAAAGUAAACAAUUAACAAGCUACUAUUUGUAUUUAAAUUUGCGUGUAGACAUUUAUUGUGAUGUUUAUAAAUUUGUUAUUUAUAUUGAAUUAUGCGGUAUCGUCUAUGCCAAAACUCCAAUAAUAGUACUCGACAUACGCACAAAGGUCGUGUUAUAGACAGGUACGGGUUGAUGAUACUGUUAAAACCGUGUUUAUAGA